AUGGCGAAAUUCUUUCGAUGCCUGCGUCUCGCAGUGGCUGUGGCUGUUUUUACAGAAAGCUUUGGUUAUAACCAGGAUCUUUAUGAUGUGUGCAACGAUGCUCCACCUAAACCAGGCAAUUGCAGCGAGCGCAAACCCAAGUUUACUUUCAACAUAUACUUGAAGCAAUGCCAACUCACUUAUGUCUGCGGCGAUUCUGGCACUAAGAAUAUCUUCGACACUAAACAACAAUGCAAGGAAACCUGUCCGAUUGAUCAGUUCUGCACUAUUGGAAGAGCAUCCACUUGGUGCAGCGCUGACGCUAAAAUAAUAACUACGUGGCAUCUGCUCCACCUCACCAACAAAUGCGUUUAUACCACCGGCUGCGCUUUCAUGGCGGCCGAUUUUCGAACAAAGAGGGAAUGCCAAGCGGCCUGCAGAAAACACACCGUGUGUUAUCAGCCAAGCAACGAAGGAGAACCCCCUAAAAGAGCAAGAAGCGUUUGGCAUUUCAGUCCUGAAGACCAACGUUGUAUUCGCACUACAAAUUCUGAAAGAAAUGGAAGCACCUUUCGCCCUGCAUAUUAUGACAGAAGUGGAAACAACUUUAAAAGUGAAAAGGAAUGCAUGGAAACCUGUCCCUACGGAGGACGUUUACAGGAAUGCAGACUCCCUAAAAAUGAAGGCACCUACUGUCUCGGAAAAGGCAAACCUUCCUUCCGGUAUUACCACGACACUAAAAGUGGCAGGUGCAGUCGUUUCUUGUAUAAGGGCUGCCAGAAAAACGCCAAUAACUACCUAACAAAGCGUGGGUGUCAAGCAACUUGUCAGGCUUUAAGAGCAUUGCAAUAUCAACGGAAUUAUAUGGUGUCUAUCAUGAUCUGUCUCAUCCGCCAAUAA